AUGAGUGUCCUGGACUUGGAAGUCUCCAAAGCGCCGGUUAAGAGCGUAAAGUAUAAUAUGUUCCGCAGUGAUCAAGUAUUCAUGGCGCUUUCCUUAUGCAAUGAGCUGGCAGUUUUUGCCUUUGACGUGUCUGACCGUCCCCGUCGAAUCCAUGUUCACAGAACGCAUCCAGACACACUUAUUGAGGCUUUCUUUGUCACACACAGCGAAGUUGUCAUCGUGACAGACAAGAGUCAAAUUUCACUGGUGAAUUAUUUCGAGGGAAGGAUUCUUAGCACUUGCUCCUUAUCCGUAGGGAUUGUUUGCUGUGCCAUCCUCUAUGAGCAAUACAUUCUGCUGGGCAUCAAAACAGGCGGAGUAGUUGCUGUCGAUUGGACGCAGCUUCCUGCUCACAAAUGGCUGUCUGCAACUCCUGUGCGGCCUCUUCUUUCCAUGAUGUGCACUGAAGUGGUACUAGAGCGCUGUAGUCAUGGAGACUCUAGAUAUCUCUGCCUACUCGUCUUUCUCAACGCAUCAUUCACAAUAUCUAUGCGACUGUACACACUAGACUUCGACGAGUGUCCCCAGACACGCCUCCACAUGACCCCCGUGACUACCCCGUCUACUUCCUGCACUCUCCACCUGCUGUGGAUGGACCAAGACCUUAUCCUGGCUACUCUUCGAGUACGCAAAUUAGGAAAGUACUUCCACUGUUCGAUUGCUCCCGUCAACCUUCGCAGUUACCUCGAGGACACCCUCUUGUCAGCGCGUGUAAAGCUCAGCAAACAAUGUGGCAGCCUCUGUCUGAGAGAUGUACAUCCAACUGUGAGCACCUUCAUACACAAGCUCCGGACAGAGAGCCUUGACAGGUGGAUCGUCAACUGUCCGAUAGUAGCAUCUUCUGAAGGCUCGCUGAUCAUUCUCAACGGCACUUGCUUUCAUGCCUCGCUCAAUCCUGCGCGCAAGCCUUUCACUGCAACUUACCACAGCGGCCCGGUGACAUCGGUAUGUUAUCACAAUCGAUCAUUUGUCUCAGGAGAUGAAACUGGCCACGUUUAUUGCCACAACAAAAACGCGGCCUGUGUUAAAAAUGGCCAAGAGAGGACCAGAGGAUCUAUCUGA